UCGGUACGGCACACUCGCGGUUAAAACCGCGCCGAGACAUAUCCACGCAGCGCAAAUCCAAACAAAAAAUAAAAACCCCAAAAUUCCGUAAACAGUUAUACGUAAAAUUCAAAAAUCCAUAAUUUCGAAAAGCCUUUUUUGAAAAAAGUCACUUUCAUGGCAGUUUCAGAAUCAUUUAAGAGUCAAAAAUCGGUUUCCGAUAUCGAUUCCGAUUGUGUUUACGAUUGUUGUGAAAUGGAAACAUCGAGAACAUCGAAACCUACAGUGAUCACUCCGAUAUAUACACGCAAAACAACAGCAACAACAGUGGCAUUUAUUUUGCUUUUAAUUCUUUGUUGUUUAUGUGAUUACAAUUAUGGAAGUUGGGCAUCACAAUGCUGGAAGAAACAGAAUACCGGUUCGAUUCAAACGCCAGAUGGCCAAUUUAAGCGACCCUUUGGUAUACUCUGCACAUAUCGUUGCUUUCUCUGGUUUCCGCCAAUUUAUCCGUACUGCGAAUUCAUAUUCGAUCUGCGAUUGUCGAGGCACUUCACCUCCUUCCCGGACUGCUACGAAAUCCGCUGCAACGAGACCUUCUCCUUUUUCGGCAAGGAGCCCAACCUCUGACGUCAUCCGGGAAAUGUUAUCCUCCAGCCACGCCUCCUUCUCAAGCAACGCCUUCACCUGAGCCACCUGCUUCGUUUUUUUUUUUGUUAAUCGAGUAUUUUUCA